GAGGGGUUUUGAGACAGUGUAUCAGCUCGUACUAAGCCAAGCCGACCAAAGCACGGCCACCGAAGCAAAUGCCGGGAUGGUGUAAACCUACUUCUCAACUUGCACAUCCCGAGCAACCAAGAACAAAAAGUUGGAAGUAAAAGUUAAGAACUCCUCUUAUUUGCAUGUUUGCACAGCUAAUGUUUCUCUCUCUCUUUCUCUGUGGUAUGGGUAAUUGGGUAUUGGGUUGGGGGACAACCUCCAACCCUAAUCUCUGAUCCAGUCUUUGGGUUUUUUUAGCCUCUUUUUUCUAAUUUUUACUGUAUAUUUAUCAUCUCCUCUUUUUCCUUCAUUUCUCUUCUUGGGUGGGUGUGGGUGAAUUAUUUUUUCCUUUUCCACAAUCCCCAACAUGGAGCUUUGUUCUUACAAGUCCCAAGAUUAUCUCAUUCUCCCACCAUACCCCCAUCCCCCUUUGCUUCUCCCCAAUCCCCAUCUCUCUCUUUCUCUCUGUUACUCUCUCUUUUGUUUUCUCUCCCUUUUCAUCUUCAAAUGGUUUUUUACUUCAAAUAUUUUUUUGUUGUUCUCUUUUACUCCCCAACCCUUCAAUUCAGUGAUUUUUGUUUACUCUCCACCUUUUUUGCACUUUUUGAGUUAUCUUUAAUUUCCUCUCUCUCUCUCUCUCUCUCUCUCUCUCUCUCUCUCGGGCUUUCUGGUUUUUCUACAAUAUACUGUACUUCAUCCUCCACCCCUCUCUCUCUCUCUCUCUCUCGUCUAUAAUAACCUGUCCGUCGAACGAAACUUUCUCCCUUCUCACCUUUCACUAUGGGAGACCCUUACUCCAAUUUCUUCACUGGUAGGUACAAUUUCAAUCCUCUUUUCCACCAUUUCUCUUCUUCUUCCUCUUCCUCCUCCAACCCAUCUCAUCCUCCUCAUGCCUACAAUUACUACAAUAAUUUCAACAAUUCAUCCACUCACUGUUAUUCCCCACCUCCCUCUCCUCCUCUCAGAGAAGCACUUCCCCUCCUCAGUUUAAGCCCAAUCAGGCAUGAAGAAGAAGAGCCCUCCUGUAGUGCCAUGGAAGAGGACAAGAACAAGGCCAAAGAAAACAGCUUCUAUUCUAGUCCAGUUGAUGAUGAAACUGUGACUGUUGCCCUACAUAUAGGGCUUCCUAGCCCUAGUGCUGCUGAUCUGAUCUCUAGAGUCUCUUCCUCUACUGAGAUGACAGAUAAGGAAGGAGUAGCCCUUGUUUCUGGGUAUCAACCUAAUAGACUCAACAAAGGCCAGUACUGGAUCCCUACCCCUUCUCAGAUUCUAAUUGGUCCUACCCAGUUCUCAUGUCCUGUUUGCUGCAAGACCUUCAAUAGAUACAACAACAUGCAGAUGCAUAUGUGGGGGCAUGGAUCACAGUAUAGGAAAGGGCCGGAAUCUCUAAGGGGAACCCAACCAACAGCCAUGCUUAGGCUGCCUUGCUAUUGCUGUGCACCAGGGUGCAGGAACAACAUAGAUCACCCAAGGGCAAAGCCUCUCAAGGACUUCAGAACUCUCCAAACCCAUUACAAGAGAAAGCAUGGGAUCAAGCCCUUCAUGUGUAGGAAAUGUGGUAAAGCCUUUGCAGUGAGAGGUGACUGGAGAACCCAUGAAAAGAACUGUGGGAAGCUGUGGUAUUGCAUAUGUGGAUCUGAUUUCAAGCACAAGAGAUCUCUCAAGGACCACAUCAAAGCUUUUGGACAUGGACAUGCAGCUUAUGGCAUUGACUGUUUUGAAGAAGAAGAUGAACCUGCCUCUGAAAUAGAACAAGAUGAAGAGUCUUCCCAGUGAUACAGAUGAACUGGGUUUUUUGGUGAACUAUAUUGUGGCAUUACACAGCCAUUGCUCUCUCAGUUAGAAAAAUCAAAAAAGUAGUUGGAGAGUCAUAUUUUCUGUUCUUGUUAGUAUAGCUGAUAUGACCCCAAACAGGCAAAUACAUCAUCAAUGUUAGGACCAGGUUUUCUGUAAAUCCAUUUUGCUUUCAGUUCAUGACUUCAUGUGGGUGGUUUCCAUUUUUAUCUUUUCAGCUUUUAGGUUCUAUCUUUGAGAAAUAUGGCUCUGAUGAAUUGUCAAUAUUCCUUACCCAUAGCAGCUUAAGCAGUUAAGUUGUUUUCUUUCAUUGAUUAAUGAAGAAACUGAGGCACAGUUGCAAGUACAAA